UUUUAUUGACAUGAUCAACAAGUGAACAUGAGGGGUUGGGUUACUGAUUACAUGUGAUGCUUUAGUUUGUUUGCGAUAAGACUCUGGCUUCAGGCACAAAGUCCUGCCAGGUACAGCGAGCCUUUAGCAGACUACUUCACCACAUCCCUCACCGGACCGGAGGCGCUUCUCAGGUUAUUUGGCUUUAUCCUGAGCACACACUGAGCACAAAGCAGCAUCAUGAGUGUAGAGUCCAAAAAACCACGUGAGGCUUGUUGCUCCAAGCUCAAGCUCUUCUUGGCCUCUUUGGCUUUGGUGUAUUUUGCCAAAGCCUUUGGUGGAUCCUAUAUGAAGAGCUCCAUCACCCAGAUCGAGAGGCGUUUCGAUAUCCCCAGCUCCCUCACUGGGGUAAUAGAUGGCAGCUUUGAAAUAGGCAACCUGUUGGUAAUAGCCUUUGUGAGCUACUUUGGUGCCAAGUUCCAUCGUCCCAGGCUGAUUGGGGUCGGCUGCCUGAUCAUGGCUCUCGGAUGUUUCCUUACAGCGAUGCCUCAUUUCUUCCAGGGACCAUAUAAAUAUGAGACCAGUGUGUCCCACAACAAAGAUGUCAACAGCACUGAGGGCAUUCUGCCCUGUAUGCCAAACCACAGCACGGCUGACACACAUGAAGCAGACCUAACCUCAACAGAUUGUGAAAAGGCAGCGGGCUCCUCUCUGUGGAUCCUUGUUUUCCUGGGAAACAUGUUGCGUGGGAUUGGAGAGACUCCCAUCAUGCCACUGGGAGUGUCCUACUUGGAUGAUUUUGCCAGAAAAGAGAACACUCCUAUUUAUUUGGCCUUUAUCCACACAGCAGGAAUGAUAGGACCCAUGGUUGGAUUCAUGCUUGGGUCCUACCUCGCCAAGCUGUAUGUUGACAUUGGAUCUGUGGAUUUAGACAGUCUCAGCAUCAACUACAAGGACUCUCGCUGGGUUGGCGCUUGGUGGCUAGGCUUCAUCAUAACUGGCAUGGUGGCCCUGCUCUCCAGCAUCCCUUUCUGGUUCCUGCCUAAAUCUCUGGCCAAGCAAGGCCAGGAGGAGAGCCAGGGUAAAGGCACAGAGCUGGACACCAUGGCGGAGCAGGAGAACUUCCUGCCAGAGGAAAACCAGGAGAACAAGGACAAAGAGAAGCCAGCUACAUUCCAGGAGCUGGCGAAAGAUUUCAUCCCGUCUCUGAAGCGGCUCUUCAGCAACAGCAUCUACUCCAUGAUAAUCCUGACUUACCUGGUGGCGGUCAAUGGCUUCAUUGGCCUAAUCACCUUCAAGCCAAAGUACAUGGAGCAAAUCUACGGCCAGUCCGCCUCCAAGUCCAUUUUGCUCAUAGGUACACUGAACCUGCCAGCUGUGGCUUUGGGCAUCAUUACCGGAGGCUACGUGCUGAAGCGUUUCAAACUGGGCAUCAUAGGAGCAGCCAGAGUGUCCAUCACCGCCUCUUUGGGGUCCUUUUGCCUGUUUGCCGUUCAGAUAUUCCUCCGUUGUGAAAACGCAGAGGUGGCCGGUCUCACCGUGUCCUAUCAGGGGCUGCCUCAGGUGUCCUACAACGAACAGACCUGGCUGUCGCAGUGCAAUGAGGGCUGCUCCUGCUCCAUGAAGCACUGGGACCCGGUGUGUGCUCCCAACGGCUUGACUUACGCUUCGCCCUGCCUGGCCGGUUGCCAGACCUCCACUGGUACUGGCAAGGAAAUGGUGUUUCAUAACUGCUCCUGCAUUGCUGAGAAGAUGAUUCCGGGGAUGAACAUGUCUGUGGUGCUGGGCCAGUGCCCCAGAAAGAGCGACUGUGACAGCAUGUUUAAGGUCUACAUGGCUUUGUCUGUAUUGGGGGCUUUUAUUUCGGCCUGCGGGGGCACGCCAGGAUACAUCGUACUACUCAGAUCCAUACAGGAGGACCUGAAGUCACUGGCUCUGGGCAUGCAGAUGCUGAUCGUCAGAACACUGGGUGGGAUACCUCCUCCCAUUUAUUUCGGCGCACUGAUUGACCGCACUUGUUUGAAGUGGGGAACCAAGCAUUGUGGAGGUCGUGGAGCAUGCAGAAUCUACGAUUCUGAUGCCUUUCGGUUGGCGUUCCUGGGCUUAAUAAGUGGACUAUACUUGGUGGCCAACAUGCUGUGGGGAUGCCUCUACAUAAACAUUGUCAGGCAACAGAAGAAGGCAGACAAGUCGAAUCAAGCCAAGGAAAACGCACCGGAGGAAAACGGAGUGGGCAAUGGACAGGCCAGCAUAACUAUGGCCAAAACCAAAGAAGACACAAGCAGGGAGAGCACUAUUUGAGGUGUUGUAGGGUAGCAAGUGGCGGGUACAGUAUUACAGCAAGUACUGUGCUGGAUCCAUACUGGACCAAAUUUGCCGAUGGUACAGUGUUAGUGCCCUUUGGUCUUUAAGAAAUAUACCUCUGUUUCUACCUAGAUGUUGCACAGAAAUGUCAGAAAGUAGUUUUUGCUCCUUUCAAAGAUCAUAAUUACUUCAAAGGUGAACAACAUGCAAAUGACAUUAUAGAAUAUGCAAUUCACAUGUGAGCAUACAGUAACAGGACAUUAUCUCAAUUUGUCUUAGAUGUCUUUUAUUGUUGACUUAAGCGUACCAAACCAUAAUAGGACCAUUCGCAGUACAAUAGCAUGACACCAGCUCAGCCCAAAUUCACAUAUAGUAGAAUUAACUAUUUCAGAGAGUCUGUCCAAUAUCUGGGUGAAGUUUGGCCUUUGUCUACCAUUUGUACUUGAAUCACAUUAGGUCAGGUAAUGAUAAUGUCUCAUCCUACAGCGUUACAUUCAAGGCGAUUGCGUGUAUAAAUAUUUUAAUAUAUAUAUAGUAUAUAGGAGCAUCUGUACAUAAUUUGUGUGUACAGUUUUUUGCUAGUGCACAAGUACAAUAAUUAGCUCAAUAUAUAGUAGAAUCACUGUGUCUUAGGGAUUUAGGGAUAGGUCAUAAACCUGGGUCAGGGCAGAACAGUAUUCAUUACCGUUAACGUGAUCAGAAAAGGUUAGCUGGUUGAGUAUCUAGGAGGUGGGUGGGGGUUCUAGAGGAGGGUCUAUUAACCAGGCUAGUGGUUUCCAGUCUGUGUUGAGCUAGGCUAACCUCCAGCACACACAGAGUCUUAGCAAAACGUAAAAAAAUGCACAAUUCACAUUAUUUCAUCUAUAUCUUUGCAUUGUAUUAUAUUUAUAGUGGAAGCAUAUCAGUCAUAUUAUCCUGAGUAACAGUUACAGUAGCGACUGUUAACAUGUUUGGAUUCCAGCCAACACUUUUGAUUACAUAACGUAAUUUACCCCAAAUCGUAAAGGUCGUGGAUGUUCAUAAAACCAUCAUAUCGUCACCACCCACUGUUUGCCACGGGGCUAAGGGUCAGUGGACUGUAAUACAGACUUAUGCUGUUUUAUUCUGUUGUACACUGUAGCUGUUGAUAUAUGUAUUAUAUAUAAUAUUGCUGUCAAUGAGGGGAAUUUACUGAGUUGCUAACUUUUAUUUUGUGUUUGUAGAGUUUUCUCGAUUUCCAAGUUUAGAAUUUCACUAAUUGUCCGUGAAAUCUGUGGGCAUUAAAAAUGAAUUUUCACCAUAAGAAA